AUGUUGGAAGAAGAUCAUCCUUAUAGGGAUGAUGUUGUUCACUUUGAUGGUACUACAGGGCAUAGAAAGGCUCUAGCCUCCUUAUCCGGAAAGGACAUACUUGCUCAGUGGAAUGUCUACGGAAAUACAAAUACCGUUCGUCACAAUCUGGAUGUGAUGCACAUUGAGAAGGGAGUAUUUGAGCACAUACUUAACUUGCUUCUUUGUAAAGAUGGAAAAUCAAAAGACAACCUCCAAGCUCGGAGAGAUUUACAGCACUUGAACAUUAGAAAAGAAUUGCAUCCUGUACCUAAAGUUGGAAAACCCAAAAAGUUUAAGCGCAUUCGAUCGAAGUAUAGAUCAGAACCCCACAAUGCAUAUGGUCAGAGAGCCAUAUUUAUAUGGCUCCGUUCUUUGCGAAGAACAGUGCCUUUGUAUUCUACGUUGGCUAUUUAUUUUUUAGUUUGCCACAUUGCAAGAGAGCCAAUCCUACCGACGAACAUCUUGAAAUGGGCGUCAGAGGGAAAACUCCCUUUUCUUGUUGCCUUCACUGAAAUGGAUCGACGCCUUGAAAAGCCUUCAAGUCCUUUCCCCUUGAGUUCAAGGGCUUUGUUCAGACCUAUUCUAGUUAUUGGAGCAGAACAACUCGAAGCAACAGCUGCUUCUAUAGCUCAAGCUGUUGGUUUACGCCUUCCUUCUGUGAAGUUCUAUGCAAUUGCUCAUCGGUAUCUUAAGGAGCUUUCCCUUCCGGUAGAGAAGAUUCUUCCUCAUGCAUGUCGUAUUUAUUAGUGGUCACUCCCUGCGGACUUGUGGUUGUCGAGGAAGGUCUCAGGAUUUCCAACUCGUGCUUGUGUAAUGUUAAUUUUAAUUGUGGCCAUGAGAUUGUUAUACAAUAUACAAGGCCAUGGUAUGUGGGAGAUGAGUCACUCUAAAGUUAGAAAUUCUCCUCCAAAUGCUCAGAAACUUGAAAAGAAAUUGUUACAUGUUCAAGCUUCAGUCCACAGUUGUCAGGAGUUAUUUAGCAUUCUUGAAGCCACAUAUGAUAAGAUCAACACAACUCGUGAUAACUAG